AGACAUUUUUCUGACAUUAAAUGUGCUUUUUCUAAAUUAAUAUUUUUAUUUUUAUCUACAAUUUUAAUCUCAAAAAUGUUUGCUCCUUCACGAAAACCUGCUGCAACAGCCAAUCAACUUCGUGCUUCCUCCAGAAUAUCAAAUCUCGAAGGAAAUCGGACUCUUGAUGAAAAUGCGCGAAGAAACAGAAGGAAUCGACAGCUGGAUGGCCUAGAGCAAGAUAAUUCUCAUGAUGAUCCACAUGCAAAUCUUGUCUGGAAUAAAAACGCCCCAAAGUUCGACGAUGAAAUGAUCGGUGGUCCGUCUGCGAAAAAAGCUAAAAAAGUGAAAGAAGAUAAGUCAGGAAUUGUUCAUGGUGAAAAAGCGCGUCGACGAAAACUCGCCCGUCCGGAGUUUAAUAAGCAACGAUUCAAAAAAUCGUUCAAUGCACAUGUAAUCGAGCAGAGCAAGGCAAUUUUAGACUCAGCAGAGCCGGAUUAUCGACGAGUGAAUGCUUAUCAACUAAGCUCAGCACCUCCUUCUGAAAAACCUGCAAGAAAGUUCUGUGCAGUUUGCGGCAUUAUUUCCAAGUACUGUUGUACGCGAUGUGGUGCCAAAUAUUGCUCACUUCCAUGUCGAGACGUGCAUAAUGAUACUCGUUGCAUGAAAUGGUUGGCUUAACAAUUUACAAUAGCAAACAAUACAUCAUAACAACGGGUUCCACGCAGAAAAUAAAUAUUUUAAAAUUUCCAAUAAAAAAUCAUUCUAGUUUGU